AUGAGAAGCAUUAGCACGAUAUCUAAAGUGUCUCCUCAAGUGAAAUACAACAAUUUUCUCUAUAAAAAGCAUCACUAUCAUAAAACAGAUAAAAUAUUUGAUUUACGUGCAAUGUGUUUUGGGAUUAAGCAGGUUGUACUUGCUUCAGUCCAAAAAAAUAUGUCUAUAUACAAGUUAUUUGUAUGCGUUCUUCAUCAUUUUGUCUACAUUAUAUCAUGAAUCAUCGACUAUCGGAUCGCCAUAUCAUACAUUUGUUCUUAUACAGGGUGUGAUGUGUUUUGAAUAUAUACUUCUAGUCAUAAAUGCCCUGUUGACUAAGAAAAAGAAGAUGCACAAUUACUUUAAAAACCUCAGUCAAUUUGACCAAACUUUAAAAGUUAGUUCUGAUAAUGAAACUUUAAAUGCAAAAAAAGGAAGUUUAAUUUGGAUAUUCAUUAUAUUUAUAUACAACGCUAUGGAAAUAUGUAUGAUUCUGUUUAAAAUUAUGAAUUCUAAUGAAGUGACUGAAUAUGUCAACAUGAUUUUUUAUUACAUUAUAUCGUUGGUACAUGAUAUGGAACAGAUAUUCUUCUUUACGUUGCUUAGAACCAUUUUUACUAGGCUCAAACUUCUCAGAGCUCACGUCCGUAAGACAUUUCGUGUUAACGACGCAGGAACAAGUGAUAUGAAAACUGAUAAAAUUGAAACAUUAUCGAACAAUGCCCAACUUGAUAUUGGUUCCUUGCACAAAGUAUAUGAGCUGCUGCACAAGUGCUCCGAGCAGCUGAACUCGAUUAUGAGUUUUCCGAUGCUGAUGAUGCUAUUCACGUCGGGAUUCUCGACAACGUUGCUUUUGAAAAUAUUAGUGAAGAUUAUACAGGUGCAGGAAACUAUGGACCCGAAAAUAGUAACGAUCGCGGUGAUAUAUCUUGUGGUGCGGUGCGUCAAAUACACGCUACUAGUGGUCAUGCCUUGCUACUACUCCAGUAUCACUUCUUCCCAAGUGGCUACCAUACGUACGACGCUCCACGAUUCUUUGAACACUAUGCCGCUAG